AUGAAUAAUUUCGUGGCGCGUGACGGUCUGUUGGCGACUGGUUAUGAUGUUGAUCAUCAUCGCAGUCGCCUGAAUGCUGAGGAGCUUGCAUCGGAGUUGUCGGACGAAAGAGUCCGGCUGGAGAGCGAGCUGACCUUCAUUCGAAUGGAGCAGCAGAGGCUCGAGGACCGCAUGACCGAGUACAGGGCGCAAGUGGAGGAGGUGGAGAAACGCAGUAUAGAGAAGGACAAUCUCAUCACAGACCUCAAGCAUGAACUAACGGCGACCUCUACGACUGGACGUGAGACAGUGACGGUAUUAGAAAGCACAAGGAGUGAGCUGAUGGCGACUACGGCGAUGUUGGGGGCUACUAGAAGGGCAUUGACGGUGGCUAGGAAGGAGAAUGACGGCUUGAGAGGCACGACCAAGAGUGGUGGCUAG